CUCUGGGACGCAAGCCAGCUGUCGUUUUGGCCUGCCGGCCUUUGAAAAGUCACCGUUCCUUGCCAGGCCUUUGAAUAGUCACCGUUCCUUUACUAGACUACGGAGCUGCAAGCAGUAUAAGACUGGACUCACUGACACUACUGUCUUCCCGACCUCGUGCACCUCUGAAAGCCAGCCACUGUUUGCACCUAUGUUCCCUUACGUGUCAAACGUGCUUUUCCUGUGGCUUCCUUUAAGGUAUUCAUGAAAACGGCUGGAGCGCACCAGGCGUUGCCUGUAGAAAUCCUGCCUCCAGGAUCUCACAGUUCAGAGUUGCUGAGGACUGGGGGGAUUGGAAGGACCUCUGGGAUCAGAAAGCAGCUCAGACCUCUGGAAAAAAAUGAGCCUCAGGGGGGCACUCUGCCAAACACGGGACCUGGGAGGAGGGACUCCCCACACCCAGCCGCUGAAGCGCAGCUUGGUUAAGGGACCUGCCAAGAUGUUCCAUUUACAAGGCCCACAACUGCUGCAGAUGUUAGAGAAAUCCUUGAGGAAGAGUCUCCCUGAGUCCUUAAAGGUUUACGGGACCGUCUUCCACAUGAACCAGGGAAACCCAUUCAAUCUAAAGGCCCUGGUGGACAAGUGGCCUGAUUUUAAGACAGUGGUUAUCCGCCCUCAGGAGCAGGAGAUGGCAGAUGACUUUGAUCAUUAUACCAACACCUACCAAAUCUAUUCCAAGGAUCUCAACAACUGUCAAGAGUCCCUUACCACAUCAGAUGUCAUCAACUGGAAACAACGUUUGCAGAUCCAAAGUUCACAGUCCAGUCUGAAUGAGGUGAUACAGAGUCUUGCAGCCGCCAAAUUUGCUAAGGUUGAGCACACACAGUGCAUUCUCUAUGUGAUGCCGGAGACAGCGAGGAAACUUCUUCCUUCCCUGCCAGAGACAAAGAACUUACCUGUUGGAUAUGGCCCACCCAAAGCCAUUAACCAGGAGAUGUUUAAGCUUUCAUCCAUGGAUCCUACCCAUGCCGCUUUGGUGAAUAAAUUCUGGCAUUUUGGUGGCAACAAGAGGAGCCAGAGGUUCAUCGAGCGCUGUAUCCAGGCCUUCCCUACCUUCUGCCUGCUGGGGCCUGAGGGGACCCCUGCCUCCUGGUCCCUGAUGGACCAGACGGGAGAGAUUCGGAUGGGGGCCACGGUGCCCAAGUACCGUGGCCACGGGCUCAUCUCCCACAUCCUGGCUGUCCACACCCAGGCUCUGGACCAGCUCGGCAUCCCCGUGUAUAACCACACGGACAAAGCCAACAAAAUCGUGCAGAAAAUCAGUCACAACCUGCAUCACAUCGCCAUCCCCCAUGGGUGGAACCAGUGGAACUGUGAGCCCCUGUAAAGUGGGCCUCCACCCAAGACAGCGCCAGGUGGGAUGGACAUGUGGCCAAAGAGGCAGAGGGCUGGGCGGGAAUGAAGAAUGAAUCCUCAUCAGUGGGGAAGCAGCGUGGGCUGUUUGGGGUGGAAGAGCGGUGAACGGUCAACAGAACCCCAGAGUCCCUGCUCACUGCUCACCCACGGACUUCCCUUUGGGUCCUGCACACCGUCCUGCUUCCUCCACAUUCCAACCCUGGCACCCACCAUGCUAUUCUGUGCUUCUAUGAGUUCAACUUUUUUUCUUUUUAAGACCCCCAUGUAUAAAGAGGGAGGUGAUAUAUGUAUAAAUAUGGCUGAUUUGUGCUAUUGUAUAGCAGAAACCAACACAACUUUGUAAGGCAAUUUUCCUCCAAUUAAGAAAUAAAUUAAAAGAAUAAAGUUAAUGCUUUGAAGAAACAUUAAAAAAAAUGUCUAAGUGAUAUCAUCUGGCAGUA